AUGAUAUUUAUACCGAAACGCGAGGCCGGUACGGAGAGAGAAAAAAAACGUAUAUUAUUCUUAAAGAAAACGAGCUGUCACGCCGCCACCGUUAAGGAGAUUUUGAGGCACACAAACGCUACACCGAUUGGCCGGUCGCAUGUCGUCGGCUUCUGCUGUUGUUACUGCAAGGAACGCUUCCCGAUACCGGCGCUCCUCAAGGAGCACACGCUGACAACGCAUUCCGACACAACCGACGCGGUAUUCAUGAAGAAAUCACUAAAAGAGUUCGCCGUCAAACUAGACAUAACGUCGCUCCGGUGCAAGAUUUGCGGCAAUAAGCUGGAGUCCAUUAUGGAAUCCGUGGACCAUUUGAAAGAGAUACACAAAAAGAACACCUCCCCGGAUUACAUAAGACACGUAAUACCGUUUAAAUUUGAUACCGAUAAAUACCAAUGCUGCAUGUGCUCGGCGGAGUUCGCGAAGUUCCAAACGCUGCAAAUGCACAUGCACACGUCGCACUUCAAGAACUUCGAGUGCGCGGUCUGCAGCGCGGGCUUCAUCAACGAACGCCAAUUGGGCUAUCACAUGAAGAAUCAUGCGAUCGGCGAGUUCCGAUGCAAGCAUUGCCCCAAAGUUUACGACACGGAGACCAAAAGGAAGAGCCACGAGCGAUCGCAUUUCGACGCGAAUUGCCACAAGUGUCCAUACUGCGGGCAGGGGUUCGUGAACAACAGAUACAAGUGGAAACACAUAUCCGAAAGCCACGACGUUCCCUUGCCCACGUACAAAUGCAAAGCCUGCGACAGAACCUUCACGGAGUCAACCCUGUACUACAUUCAUCUGAAGCGGGAUCACCUCAUGGACCGGCCGCACGACUGCGAGCAGUGUGAUAAGAAAUUCUUCACGAAAUUCGCUUUGAGGAAGCACAUGCUCUCGCACACAGGCGAAAGGGCGUUUCAGUGCAAAGUGUGCUUUAAGGCUUUCGGAAGAAGGAGCACUUUGACGGAGCAUUUGAGGAUACAUAAUAACGAUCGGAGGUUCAAGUGUGAGCGGUGCGGCCAGGCUUUUGUGCAGAAGUGCAGUUGGAGGGGUCACAUGAGGAACAAACACGGGGUGGACGUGCAAUAA